AUGCGUCGCGUCGUCACGCUCAUCUCCAUCGUCAUCGUCGCCGUAACGGCCGCACCAGCUCAACAAGCACCCUCCUUCGAGAGCUUCUCCAAUCAUGCAACACUUACAAAGUCGAGCGAAGUUGGAUCCAAGAAGCCUGACCUGGUCAAGGUGGGCGAAGUAGCCGAGUCUAUCCUAAACCGUCUUGGAAUCAACAUGAAAGAGGACAGGGGUAUUCGUAGGGCACCCGUACCAAGUGCUCUUUAUCAGACCGAUGAUCUCAAUGCUGUCAUUGCCGAAGCGAAUGCAAAUCGUGUCGAUUUACAAGGAAUCGCUUCGGGUCAAAUUCCUGGACUGGCACCAAUUCCCGUACCGGGCUAUCCCGGACCACAAGAUGUACCCGUUAUUCCGGGUGUGAAUACAAUUCCUGGUCUCAGCAACUUCAAUUACCUGGUUGGGCAGCUGUUUCCUCAGAUGAUCCCACCAGCAAAUACACUUCUCGGAUCGUCUAUCAGCCGUAUCCUUCCAAAAGAUUCGGCCAAGAAUUUGGCCAAGGACGUUUUCAGAGCCGUUCAUCCAGCCGCUGAAAAUGUGGAUGUCGCCAGAAUGAUGGGCCGAUGGUUCCAAGUGAUCAAUUCACCUCAUGUAAUUCGUGAAGCCUGCAGUGUUCUUCAUUUCGGCGCCCUUACCAACAAUACUUAUUCGCCUUCAUUUACCACACUGAAGUUCUACCGCGAAGGAAAUCCCAAUGGCUCACCCAGAUUUGCCCUUGGAUACGGAUUCAAAUCCGGAGAAACUGGCCAAUUCGUGCUACACAACAGUAACUCACCUGAUGCGGAGCCAUUCUGGGUAAUAAAGAAGGGACCAUUGAAUGAGUACAAUCAGUACGAUUACGCCAUCAUCUCGACUUGGGUUCGUUUCCCAGUGUUCGUCAUCGCUCGUGAUCCAGAACGAUUCCGUAAAGAACAUAUGAAGAACGUUCUGCAGUUCCUCGAGGACAACAACUACAUCAAUGUGAUGACAAAAGCAUUCAACAUGAUCUCACCAGUUGACUAUGAAGCUUGCCAAUACACCCCGACGUUCUCUGGUGCCGGCAGAUAA